GCCAAGCCUCACCUCUGAAGCUGUAGCCAAGAUAAGCCAAGCCAAAGCUAAAAAAAAAAAAAAAAAAAAAGACUGUGUUGUGCUGUUGGGUGAUCGUUCACGGGAUUUUCGAGUUGCAUGAAUUUCCGAAGUUAAGUUUACAGCUGCUGGGACUGUUGUCGUCGCCGUCGCAAUGACCAAACGAAGGACCGAGGACAUCGAAAACUGGUCAGGGAGCGAUUGCUCCCCGACCAAGAAGUUGCGAUGUGGAUCUCAAGAGAGUUCAUCUCAGACAAAGCAGUCCAUUGGAAUCAUAGAGUCCGUGCAGCUGAGGAACUUCAUGUGCCACACCAAGCUUGACUUUUCGUUUUCGGACCACACCAACUUUAUCAUUGGAAGGAAUGGAAGUGGCAAGAGCGCCAUCCUGACGUCGCUCAUCAUCGGACUGGGCGGAAAAGCAAACACUGCUUCGCGGGGCACGUCUGUCAAGAACCUCGUGGAAACCGGGAAACGGGCAGCGGAAGUGACGAUACGGCUGAGGAACCAUGGCCGGGACGCCUACAAGCCCGAGGAGUAUGGCAAUUCUAUUAUCGUUCACCGACGGCUCACGGCUGAGGGCGCCUCCACGUACAAGCUCAAGUCUGGGACGGGAACGGUGAUCUCCACAAAGCGAGACGAACUCCUCCACAUCCUUGACCAGUUCAACAUCCAGAUUGAGAACCCCGUGAUGAUCCUGAACCAAGAGACGAGCCGGAACUUCCUCCAGAGCAAGAGUGCCAAAGACAAGUACCUCUUCUUCAUGAAGGCUACGCAGCUGGAGAAACUCAAGCUUGACUACUGCCACAUCGAGGAAGAGCGGGCACUCGCUGAAAUGGAGGUGGUCCGGAAGGAGAAGGUCCUGCCGGAGCUGGAGAAGCAGGUGAAGCGCUACGAGAAGCAGUGGCGCCUGCUUCAGAACCUCGAGGACCAGCGGCUUAAGCUGGAGAGGUUGAAGGGGGAGCUGCUCUGGACCAGGGUGCAGGAGGAGGAAGAGUUGCUGAAGCAGUCGGAGGCGUCCCUCGCGAAGGAAGAGGCCACGUCCGCGAAGCUGAAGGAACGGAUGGCCGACUUCGAGGGUAAGGCACAGUCUCACGCGGAGAAGCAGAGGAGCCUCCAGGAGGAGCUGGAUGAGGUGCUUAACCGCAUUCAGCAGGUGCAACCUGUCUUCCUGGCUGGCAGGAAGGAGUUCAGCGCCAAGAAGGAGGCACAGCGGGAAACCGACCAAUCUGCCAACCGGAUAGAGAGAGAAAUGCAGGAGAAAAAGAAGGAAGCCCUGAUUCUUCGAAAAAGGAUCGAAGAGCUGAGGUCCAUUGACGAGGACUACUAUGCGAACGAGAAGGCCAAGCGGGAGGCGGAGAUCCAGGAGUUGGAGCAGAAGAGAGAAGAGCUCAAGUCGAGGCUGCGGACUGCGAAUCACCACUUCGAGCAGGUGAAGCAGUCCGAAAUGGUCAACUCGCAGAACCUCCACCGCAUACGGAGCGAAGAGAUGGACCUGAGGGAGCAGCAGAAUGCCGUGAGCGCUUCUAUUCAGAACCUGAGGGCAAGCAAGAAGAACAGUCUGCAGAAGUUCGGCAGGCACAUCCCAGCCCUGCUCGGCGAGAUCGAGAUCGCCGUGCGGAAAGGACACUUCCGCAAGCCUCCCAAGGGACCCCUAGGCUCCUUGCUGAAGCUGAAGGACCAGCGCUGGGACCUGGCGACAGAGAGCUGCCUCAAGAGUCUGCUGUACACCUUUCUCGUGGACAACGACCAAGACGCCAAGCUUCUGUUCCAGCUGAUGGCCAAGGUCAUGGGCAGGGACAAGAAGCCAUCCAUCGUGACGAGCUCCUACCUGGGAAAGACAUACAACUACCAUACAAAGUGUAUGAGGUCCUCGAAAUUCAUCAGCGUUUUGGAGAACCUUGACAUCCAAGAUCCAGAUGUCAUCAACACCCUGAUUGAUCAGAGAAUGGUGGAGAAGGUGGCGCUGAUUGAGAGCAACGAGGAGGCAAGGAACGCGUUGAUGAGGGUCUCGUCGGUGCCGACCAACUGUUCGGAGGCGUUCACGGCCAAGGGCGACCAGCUUUACCCUGCGCCAAACUUCCGCUACUACUCUUCGAACCAGCAACGUGCCGAGCUCCUCAAAGCUGGCGUGGAGGACCAGAUCACGGAGAAGACGGCAGAGCUGAAGCAGAUCGAGAUGCGGAUGCAGGAGCUGAAGACGGAGGCGGCCACAUUCAACGAGAGCCUGAUGCAGAGUCGGAAGGAGAGCUGCCUCCUGAGCAAGCAGCUGGAUGCCAUGAAGCGCGAAGACGUGGAGCUGCGGUCCAAGAUCCAGGAGCUCCAGCGUAUCGAAGACCCCGAGCCCACCAACGUCACCACCCUGGAGGAGGCGUUGAGCGACCUGGAGGAGGAGACCAAUAGCCUGGAAUCCAGGUUGGCGUCGACCAAGCAGGAGCAGGCCGAGAUCAAGACGGAGCUCAAGGCCCUCGCAACCAAGCUGCGAGAAGUGGAAGAGACUCGCAAGCGUCUCAUGGAAGAGUCCAACGUCGCCAAGACCAAGCUCCUUGAAGCAGACGCAGAAUUCCAGAAGGUGAAGAGCAACCGGAAAAGCUACGACGACCGCAUCGCGACCAUUGAAGAGCGCAAGUCUGCCAUCGAGACGCAGAUCAAGGUCACUGGCAAGAACAUUGUGAAACUGACGGAGAAGGCAAUGGCUCAGUCCCGAGAGCGCCUGCUGACGAGGAGAAAGGCCAACGUCAUUGAGGCCGACAUUCAGGCCCUUGAGGCACAGUUGCAGGAGGAAGAACUCAGGACUGGGGACAGGGAGGAGAUAACUCGGCAGUACACCGAAUCCAAGGCCAAGUACAACAAGAUCAAGAAGGGCAUCGAUGAACUCCGCGAGUUCCUCAAGAAACUGCUGCGGAUGACGAAAGAGCGUCAGGCCAAGUACUGCAACCUGUGCGAGCAGACGGUGCUGCGCCUCAAGCUCAUCUUUUCAUCGACCCUGAUGCAGCAGAACUUCCAGGGCAGCCUCGACUUCGACCACAACAAGCAGAUGCUGCACAUCAGGGUGGAGCCCAAGGAGAACGCUGCCAUUGCCUGCGGGGCCAACGGAGCAAGGCAGGACUUGAAGGCACUGUCCGGGGGCGAACGAUCCUUCUCGACCGUCUGCUUUGUCCUGGCCCUGUGGGACACCAUGGAGUGCCCGUUCCGCAUCAUGGACGAGUUCGACAUCUUCAUGGACAUGGGCAAGCGGAGAGUAAGCCUGGAGAUGAUUCUGGAGAUGACACGGCGGAAAAGCAACGGCCAGUUCAUCUUCCUCACCCCCAUCGAGAUGCCGUCCAUCGACGCACUCCGCUCCGUCAACAUGAUGAUGAUGCCAGAGCCGGCCAGGAGUCGUCCCUCCAACUAGCCGACUAUAUCUGGUUCGAGUCUGGGUGUCCACGAACACCGGAUUCAUUCCCAAACUCUAAAGGGGUUGACGGCCCCAAACUUGUUGAAAACGUUAUCAACUCUUCAACCAUUCUUUUAAUUUCGAGAUUUAUUUUUAACUCCUUUUAACUAACUUCGAGGCAGUUUUAGCAAUGCACAUCUCGCACGGUGGCUUCCUGCUUCAGUCGAAGUCAAUCAACGUGAACCUCGAACUUGGAGUGUCAUCGUCUUCUAACUCUUUGAAUUUCAUGUGGAACGCGACGGUUCGGGUGGUCAUGUAGUUUGUCUGCUCUAGUCCAGCAAACAUCCAGUGGUUAGGAGUCUAGUGUGCUGUUGUAUUUUCUUUUAACUUUUAUCAAUGGCACGUCUUUCGUAUCCAGAGUAUAUUUGUGUGACACAUUGCAGCAAAGACAGUUGCAAGGUGAGUGCUUCUCUAACUUAAUGUCUGCCUUUUUUUUUAUUAAUCUGGAACUAUCAAAAGUUUUCAGGAACUAUCAUGCUACAAUAGCAGUAACCAUGCUACCUCUUAUUCCUCGGUUAUGCUACGCCAAGUCGUCCGUGUAGCAUCUUUGUUUCUCACAUGUCUAGAGUAUCAUCAUUUGUCAAGCCAGCUUUUGUUUCAAAUUCAUCUUCAUGUUUAUUCGUGACUUAACAAGUUCAGCAGCCGAUUUCAAGUUUGUUUCUGUUGUAGUGGUUGCAACCGUGUAUAGAUAUAUGAUAAAAGUUUUAUAAUGCCUA